GCCACCAGGUGCGCGCCUUUCGGUUCGUCGGAGAUCCGGUCGGGAACCCUACAUAUCCGGACAGCGGAAAUAUCGUGGUCGCGUGCGUGCGUGAGUCAAAUCAAUUCGCGAGUGCCGGGGGCUGCUGCUUUGCCGAAGAGGGGUGGGUGUUUGUUUGGAUUUCCAAGCUACGGACGUGCGAUUCGUGAACAGUGCAUCAACAAACGGAACCAACCCACGACGGAGCUUACCCAUCGCCACUCCGGCUAAGUACCAUCAUUCACGUCAACAUCAACAACAGCCACUUCACCGCUGGAAGACAAGUUCACUCUCCAUGCGAAAAGUGCUUUAAAUUAAAAGUCAAAAGAAAAACAUUGAUUGCCAAACUUGCUGCCGCCGCCAUCACAUCAGGUGUCUUUCGGUUUGGUUCGGGGCCACUUCCGUCGGAGAUUUCCGCAGGUACGCAGCAACAAAAAUCGAAAGCGAAGCCGAAACGGUGUGAAAGGAAGUCCAAGUUUACCGGUUCUGCCCACCCAUUGACCUUAAUAGUCGUCGUCGUCUCCGAGAUCGUCCCACCGAGCUUCAGCUUCCCGUGAAGCUCGCCGGUGCCAACAACCAAACAGCUCAACAAAUCCGAAACUCGAGACAGCGCUUCCUAGAAGUUUUCCAUCACUUUGUCUUCUUCGCCUCCGAAGUUCGCGUUGAAAACCCAUCAGACGAAGAAGACUGUUUUGUUUUAUUGUGAGCGCGAGUGUGUUCCAAAUUGGAAACCGGAGUAUUGGGAAGGAUAGCCAAUUCUGCGGUGGGGAAGCGACAGGAAAAUAAGUGUAAAUUGAUAUUUAUUGCCAGUGGGAUUCCGGAGCUGUUAUUCCCGCAGCGUGUUUUGUCCAUUCUGUGUCGUGGACCCAAAACGGACGUAGUUGAAUGGUGGAAGAAGCAGCAUUUGAGCAUCCUUUCUUUUUACAGCAGCAGUGAAAUAACAAUUAGAAGAAAUUGGAAAAGAGAACUUGUUCGCCUCAACAACAACGGAACGGAAUCAACGGUAACAAGGUUUCGAGAGAAGUGAUUGAAGGCCAGAACUUUUUAUGUUUGUUUGCAGUGAAAAGAGUCGAAGUGAAUCGGAUUCCGGAGUGUUGGGGGUUGCGAAAUCCUGUCCAGCUGUGUAAACUAAUUGGAUUCAACAUACACUAAUUACAGAGUCAUAAAAGAUUGUGAACUUUGAUUCCACCUUCCACCUGAAGAGGGACCGGCUCCCAAAGACUAGUGCCGUUUCAUCUAGGAUUACCCCAACCACCGGGCACGGUUGACCUGUGAAAACCAACCGUCUCUACAAAGGAAGAAGGAAAAUCCCUCAGUCAUGUCUCCAUCACGAACAACCUGCUCACGGUCGAGCUUAGCAACGCUGGCGCUCAUUCUGUCAAUCACCUCGACCCUUGCCAGAAGCUACGAAAAGGAUACCCACCGAAAGGGGAAAUCCACACAGAUCUACGCCUCGCAGCCCACGAUCACCACUCCGCUGGUGGAUAUCUGCUCCGAGGACAUCAACAUGAAGUUGGCCUGCCAUUGCUCGCCGGAAGGCCACGCCAAAGCCCAGAAGGUUUCCUGCUCGAUCUUCGACGGUGAACUCCCCCGGAAGGAUGCCAACUGGUUGGCCUUCCACACCCAGACCAGUUUGGAGAAUCUCAAAUUCACCGUCCGAAAGUCCGGCAAUCUCACCUACAUCCCAUCGGACGUGCUGUUCACGCUGAAGAAGCUUCGGACGCUUUCGAUCGAGUACGGAAUCAUUGCGGAUAUCCAUCCGUACGCGUUCGGGAAUCUGACUGAACUGCGAACGGUGAACUUGCCAAACAAUCAGAUCAGGAUGCUACACCCCAACGCAUUCGCCAACCAUCCGUCGCUGGAUGAGAUCAUGUUGGAGAAUAACGACAUCCGCAAGGUAGACCGGGAAGCGUUCGUCAACUUGCCGAUGUUGAUCAAGCUGAAUUUGGCCAACAAUACGAUCAGUGAGCUGCACGACAAUGGCUUCAUCGAGCUGUCGAAGCUGGAGGAGCUACGGCUGGAGAUGAACAUGAUUUCGGUGCUGGCCAAGGAGUAUUUCAAGGGACUGGACAAUCUGAAGAUCUUGAAGUUGUCGUUCAAUGACGUCAACUACGUGGGCGGUACGGUGUUUGCCGAUCUGUGGAGCCUGCAGAUGCUGUUUCUGGAUGGGAACAAAAUUGAGAAAUUGGACGAACGAGCCUUCGACGGGUUGAGCAACCUUCAUUAUCUGCACCUGGAAAACAACCGGUUGAUAACGCUGGAGACUGGUACGUUCACGAGCGUUCCGGCCCUGAAGGUACUCAACCUGGAUGGCAAUGCACUGGAAACGCUGAGCUACAACCACAUCGUUCCGCUGAUGGAUAACCUGGUCAACAAAAGUGCGCUGCUUUCGAUCAGAGAAAACCGCUUCAUCUGCGACUGUCGCCUGGCCUGGGUUUACGAUCUCAGUAACCGCACCAGCAACGAGGACCUCCGGGAAAGCCUGAGCAAAAUCGAGUGCACCCUCGGUAAGAAGACCUCCUACAGCAACGACCCCCGGCAUGCGCAGUCCGUGGACCCGACCCUCCUGGAACCGGCAUUCGACGACGACGGCGAGUACAUCGAGGAUGCCGCCGAGAACGAAUUCACCGUCGAGGAGCAGCCCGAAGUGCUCAACCUGAUCAAGGUGGGCAAGGAGCGGCUUCCCUGCCCGGAGGAACUGAUCGGCCCGACUGACGGGCCCUAUCCGCGUGAAUCCAAAGGCUUGGUCGAUCGAUCCAGGGGACACUCCGGAGUCAGUGCCAUUCGGCCAAGCAGCAGUAGCACGAUCUAUUCCGCUGUAGCAUGUAUUUUCGUUUCCUCCGUAGGCUUAGUGAUGAUCUCUAGCGAUAGAUUGUAAAUUUGCUUAACUUAUUUCCCUGCUGUGUAUGUAUUAGACGUGUAAGAGUGUACCGAUAAAAACAAAA